AUGAAUAGUUCGAGGUCAACUAGGUCUUUCCUCUUGCAGCAUGCAAAACCAUCUCGGAUAAACACAUUUACAACUGUGGUGGUUCUGGGUGGCAUCAUCAUUGCGUUUCUGUUUGCCUACGCUGCAUUUGGAAAAGAUCCUGAGGGUAGGACGACACUUAGUCACGUCAGCAUUAUAUUUCGCCAUGGAGAAAAGAAUCCGACAUCCUCUUACGCAAACGAUCCGUACAAGGAGUCAUUAUUUUGGCCAGAAGGAUGGGGCCAGCUGACCAAUCGUGGCAAGCGCCAGAUGUACCAGGUGGGGGAGUGGCUACGUAGACGCUACGGCAAUGCUCUGCUUCGCUACUCUCCACAGACUGUGCGAGUGGACAGCAGUGAUCACGACAGGUGUCACCAGAGUGCAGCUGUGUUGUUGGCAGCAUUGUUCCCUCCCUCUGCAGACCAGGUGUGGAACGAUCAGCUGUUGUGGCAGCCGAUACCCAUCCACUCCAGCCCUCUCAGUAUGGACAAAUUAAUCACAGUGAAGGCAAAAUGUCCCUUGUACGAUAGGGAAAAACACAAAAGCGACAGUGAACUGUCUGCAAAGUACGACAAACAGAAUUCCGAACUGUACAAGUAUCUGACGGACAAAGCUGGCCAGAACAUUAGUUCUUUACUGGAUGUUGAGUCACUGUUUAACAUACUUGAAAUUGAGAAGGAGACUGGUAAGCAGCUACCUGAAUGGACUGAGUCGGUGUAUCCGGAUAAGAUGAAAGACAUAGCUGCUCUUGUACUGGCAAGCUUCACUCACACACCUCUCAUGAAGAGAAUCAAAGGAGGGCCUCUGAUUGGUGCGAUGGCAGGAAACAUGAAUGCGGUGUUUAACGGCACCAGCAAACGCAAGGUCUCUCUUUACGCAGCACACGAUCUGACGAUUGUCAGUGUUCGGAGAGCACUUGGCUUUAAUGACAUUACAUUUAAGCCUGGCUUGGGAGCCGCACUCAUCGUGGAACUUGAAGUGGUCAACAAUGUGCCUUUAGUUGAAGUACACUACGCGCAGAGCUAUGCAGAUACUGAUUUGGAACGGUGGGAACUGCCUGGUUGUCCUUCCCCAUGUAGUCUGAGCGCCUAUACCGAAGCUAUGUCUUCCGUCAUUCCCCAAGACUGGGAUUCUGAGUGCAACUUAGACCAGGCCACAUCCUAGAACUAAAAAGCAGCAGCAAAGAACUACCAAGUAUAAUUGUAGUCUGUAGAAAUAAUUUUACUAGAACAUAGUUUGUUCCUCUUCAACAAUCUAUCUUGAAAGAAUCAAAAUCUAAACAGAUCAAAAUGGUUUGUUUGUUUACACUUAGUAACAACAGUAGUAGUCUACAGUUGUAUAACAUUCUCAUAUGAUUGGAUGUCUUUAUGCAUAAGGGGACCAAGCGACGCAGAUGUGAAAAUGAGAAAUUAAGAGUCAAAGUUUAAUGUGGUCCUAAAUUAUUGAAAAACUCAAACCCUUUAAAAAUGGUUUAGAUGUGUGUAGUGGUGAUAUAUGGAAUUAUUUAUCAAGAGAACUAUAUUAUUAUUUAUGUUUUUUUCUCUGAUAUAAGGAAAAAUGGCGCUCGGUUCUUUUACGCUUAUUUGUGAAUGUUACAAUGAUACAGCCCAAAUGGCGCUUGGUUCCUCACCCAUGGUUCCUUGGUUCCUUUAUGCAUAAUAAAAAUUAUUGGUUAUUUUAGGUCCUGUUUACUACCUAAUUAAUUGUAUUGAAUAGAAUUUUGACAUGGUUCUCGAAUGCAAAAUAGAUUAUUCCACAUAGAGAAAGGAAUAUUAUAGGUUGCCUUUAAUAUGAUGGAUGAUGAAAAUUGUUGGCGCUUGGUUCCGUACUGCAAAAUAGACAAUCCCACAUAGAGAAACAUUUUUUACAUUCUUUUCAUAAUUUUGUCAAAAUUUAUACAACGAUGGGAUUUGGGUAUAGAUUCUGGUCUGUUCCUCAAGAUGGCAGCACUAGCUCAUUUUUUUAUGAUUUGGCACUUAGUUCCCUUAUGCAUAAAGGCAUCCAAUUUACAAAAAGCCAAACUUAUGUACAACUGAUCCAACACUAUGUAUGGUUUCCAAUCAAAAUGAAAACAACAAUUUAAAUACACUUUUAAGCUGUAAAACUGUUUAGAUAAUUGAUCAUCAAAGCUUUUGUUGAUCUUUAACUGCUUUGUAGUCAAAGACCUAUUUAGGGAGAUGAUAAGUCAAAAACCAAAUAUAACUACUACAACAGCAAGGGUCAGAGUUUUGUUCAGUUUAACAAUAUUACAGCUUUAUUAUAGUUUCAGUUUAUUUUGUGGAUAUGUCAUUUAACUGCAAGUCAAUUCUCAGAUCUAGAAGAUUGAGUUUUCAUUCAAUUAUAUUGAUUUAUUUCACCCCUCUGUAGAAAGUUUAUGAAUCAGUUGUUACAAAGUAAUGUUUAAGUGUUGUAAGAAAAGGAAAAGGAGUGAUAAAAGAAGGGGUAAUGUUUAAUUUUAUACCUACCCCUUUUUUUAAUCUAAAUGCUUAAUUCAGUUCACUGCAUGACUCGUUUAAAUUUCUUGCACCUUGCAAUUAUAAACAAAUGUAUACUAUGUAAUGUGAUAAAUUUAGAUUUAUGUAUACAAAUAUUGCAUUUAAUCUUAUUAUAGUUUUGUCUUUAAAU